UUGACCACACCCACAACCGCCAAACACAAUAGCACAGUGGCAGCACGUCAACAAUGGCUCCCCAUCCUCUCUCUUAAGUUCCAGCGACUCAUGGAGAUAGUGUCCCCUUCAACCCGCAGCAAACUCGAUGCUUUGACAACACGCUAUCCUCAAAUCAAAAGCUUGGAUGUCGCAGCAGAAUUUUUAUCUGUCCUCCUGGCAGAUGCAUUCCUGCAAGCCUCAGUCCCAGAAGACGAGGGGCUUACGGCGGUCACGACUUGUCGCGAUAUCCUCUCCGCUAAACCCAAGUUGUAUUCUCAAAUGCAAUGUGCACGAUUAGCGGACAACUCGAAUGUCCAAUUCGCAGCCAUAGCCAGUUCUCCACUGGCUCCAGCACUUGUAUCUUCAGCUUGUCGGCGUAUUCUAGACGAAGUCAGUAGGAAUAUCGGGACGUCUGGACCAUUGGAUCUUUGGGAGCCGCGAAAGCACACAGACUACAAGGACGAAAGCAUCCUCACUUUCCUGGAAUCCCUCAGGCUAUCCCACCGAUACAACACUCUCUCCAUCAUUCUGCACGACUUGGGAGGAUUCAGCAACGACCCAAUUCUCAGUGCACGCGUUUCAGAGAUCUUCAGUCCAACAAACAAGUUCCUUGUGAAUGCCUCCGGGACUGGCAAAACUCGUCUUUGUUAUGAAGGGCUCUGCACCAAGUGGGGCUUUUAUUUAUGUGUCCAUAACGACGAGGGUCGUUUGGGGUCGUAUGAUCUGGAAAAAAAAUUGCGUGGAUGCCGAGAGGACUUCAUGUUGAACACGAAAUCUGGCGAGUAUCACAGGAACAUCGAGCGACUGGUUGUGUUGUUCCGUGCCAUAUUGCUUGCUCGACUACUUAUAUUCUUGGUUUUCCUCGAAGCAGAAGAAGUUGCCGAACUCCAAGGCUCACACGACCAUCUCAAGAAGCGUUGGCUCACGAUGCAACUUAAUCCAAUGAACAUCAAUGGUCCACCAGUAAUCACCGACCCAUUCGAACGUCUCGCGUACCAUUUGGUGAAACACGACUCGUCUUGUCUCUCUAAAAACAUAGCAAUUGCUCUGGACAAGAUAUACCGGGUGAUUGGAGAGCCCCUGUUUUUGGUCGUCGACGAAGCAAGCUAUGCCAUCAGAAUGUAUUCUCGCGAGUUGAAUGGUGCUUGUCUUCUGCAAAUUCUCCUCGCAGAAUGGAAGGAAAGCACCGGAAAACACUGCAUCAUUAUCUGCGCCGGUAUCAAAAUACCUCAAGAGCGGUUCAAAGACGGCGCUGGCAGCGAUUUUGACUGGACUUCCGAUACAGGUGGAUUUGACGAUCCUGUUCAGCAAGAGCGAUAUGUAGCCCAGUUUCUGCCGCCAUCGCUACGUGAUUCCCCAGCUGGGCAUUUUCUCGUGACGAGAACAUGGCGCUGGCUGCGAGGAAGGCACCGCCUUACAGCGACGUUCAUGGCCAUUCUUCUGUCCGAGGGGCUUUCCCAGCCUCAUAAGCGGCUUGAUGGUUAUAUCGAGCACGCUAUAUCCUUCCGACCGGUGGAUGCCGUCGACUUUUUGGAAGCGGAAGGAGAUGCACCAAGUUGGCCCGGGGGAUUCCAUCCAAUAAAAGCCUCGGACAUGUUGGAAGAGGAAAAGGACUUGUUUCGCAAAAUUCUCUUCCGGUACCUAGCGACUCAUCAGACCUCGCCCGCUUUGGCAAUCGACCAAGUGGCUCUGAUGUAUUAUGACUGGGCACGUUUUGGAGACACGCGCAUGACGAAAAUCGUGCUUGACGAACCCAUGCCUCUUUUAGGCAUCGCACGGACACUCUUUCCCUACCCCACAGAACCAAGGCCAGGCGAGCCAAAUGAGAAUCCGGCGACCUUUAUUCGCAGUCUCUGUCGAAACAUCCCUCAAACAUCAGAAUCUCUUGCGCAUUGUCUUGUCUUCUAUCUUACCCAGGCCCUUGGUAAGGGCAAGCGCCUCAAUCAAAUCUUCUCAUCUCUAAGUGGACCUCUGGAAUGGACCCAACAACCCGCAGAGCUGGUUCGUUUCUACCGGACUGAUUCAGACAAGGUAGCUUGGUCGCCGGUAGCUAGAGGCGACUUCCAAUCUUUCCGACCGCUUGCAUAUCAAGCAACAUCAGUAGAGGACACCCUUGCGUGGAUGGAACAUCGGGUUGGAACAGCGUUUUGUUUACCACAUUCAUCAAACGUUGACCUCGUAUUCGUCAUUCGCAUGGCAGACGGAGAUUUCGUCUGGGUCAUCCUCAAAGCAGUGGUCAAUGAAGAGCCCAUUCAACCCUCAAAUCUCGGUGCGAUGCUAUCAUCACUACAGCCCAACGCUCUCCUGCAGGAAGUCGAUGACGUCAAUCAAGUGCGACUACAGCGUGCAUAUGAUUCGCUUCCCAAGACUGGUGGCUGCAAAAUUUUGCGUGCCUUAUGUGCCUUUCCUGUCGAGAUUCUUGUUUUCGAGGCCGGUCAGACUCCCGGUUUUGAUCAGGGCCUUGAAACCACUGACGUUGCCAUUAUCAACAUCUCAGCUCUCGAAUCUCGCUCUUAUCAAGUCAUGCAGCUGUCUUUUUUUGAUGCAAUCGUCGCGGGUGUGUUAGCGGGCAACAAACGCAAGUCGCGCUGGGAAAAUGACGAUGAAAAAACAUUGCGGACAAGUCGGAAGCGGCUCAAGUUGGAGUAUCUCAAUGGUCGAGAGCAGAGGCUACUCAUAUGGCCACAAGUGUGGUGGGACGGGCCAAUCGUGCCCGAACCUGAGGAUUUGGAGGAGCUCGAAGCGACGCGCACACAAGCCAGGAGGCAACCAAUGCGGCGCGACAAGGGGAAAAAUAAGAAAACAAAGGGGUCUACAGAAGAGAGAACGCGAAUAGACGGAGCCUACAAGUUGUCUGCCAAGAACACCAAGACCACUCACAGCAAGCGAAGUAGGCCUCCGACUGACCAGACUGUGGCGCCUCGGGGUAGAUCGAGAAGAACCACAGCAGAUGUCGAUGGCACGUCUGAGCCUUCUGCGGAAAGCAGCAAAAAUCCUCGUACGAAACGAAAGGCGCCGCCUGUAGAUGAACCAGAAGUCGUCACUAUAGAUCUUGACAAAACUCCAGCACAAAACACGCGCAGUAGAUCCAAGAAGGUCUGA